UGUCUGCUGAGUACAAUGCUUGACGCAGUGGCCAGUGGCAGUCGGAUGUUUCUGUUCUGCUGUACACUCAGCUGUCUCUGUUUGCUCAUCAAGAGCACUAACUUGCUGCCUUUUUCCUGCAUAACAAUUUCUCGUUUGAUUUCUAGGUUGUUUUCCUCCACCUCCCUGAGACCCUUCUUUCUCCUCAGCAUGUCCCUUCUUGUCAUCCUCUUGAUGGAGAGGUGGAAGCCCAGGUUCCUGUUUGAUUUCUCAGCACAGCCAUCAGAGGAGCCGGGAGGGGAGAGUGAGGGGGUGACUUCAGGGGCACAACCUCACCUGCUCAGUGUCCCUGAGCUGUGCCACUGUCUGGCAGAGAGCUGGGUCACCUUCAGGCUGUACCUGCAGGAACUGCUACAGUACAAGAGGCAAAAUCCUGCCAAGUUCUGCAUGAGUGUCUGUUCAGGCUGCCUGAUUCUGGCUGUAGUUGGACACUAUGUUCCAGGCAUAAUGAUCUCCUACAUCAUUUUGCUCAGCAUUCUGCUCUGGCCUCUGGUGGUCUAUCACGAGCUGAUCCAGAGGAUGUACACGCGUUUGGAGCCUGUCCUGAUGAAACUGGACUACAGUAUGAAGGCAGAGACGCUGCACCACAAGCAUGAGAAGAAGAAGCGACAAGGGAAGAGUGAGCCUGCAGCAGGUGAUGAGCCAACAGCAGAGACUGAGAGCGAGAGUGAGGCAGAGCUGUCGGGCUUCUCCCCAGUGGUGGAUGUGAAAAAGACUGCCCUGGCACUGUCAAUCACAGAUUCUGAGCUCUCUGAUGAGGAAGCUUCCAUCCUGGAGAGUGGGGGCUUUUCUGUCUCAAGGGCUACUACCCCACAGCUGACAGACGUUUCUGAAGACCUGGAUCAGCAGAGCCUGCACAGCGAGCCAGAGGAGUCAUUUUCCAAGGACCUGGCAGAGUUUCCCUCCGUGGAAGAAUAUCAUUCCAGAGACCUGGGACCACAGAGCGAUGAAGAUGCGUUUGGUGUGCCUCUGGGUCCUGAGCUUGCCCACGCUGCCCGUGAGCUGGACUCGGCAGAGGAGGCAGCCGCGGACUCUGACGUCUCCAUCCUUCGCCUAGCGUCUCCUCUCCAUUUUGUAAAUACGCACUUCAAUGGGAGCGGGCAAGCGGCAGCAGGCAACGCAGAGCCAAAGACUGUCCCUGCCCCGGGCCUGGGCAUCUGCAUCGACACGCUGAGCGAGGAGAUCGUCACCACUGCCAUUACCACGGCGGUGCAGAACACCCUCUCUGCCCUGCUGCAGUCCUCGGAGGCCAGCGAGGGGCCCUCCCUCUCCGAGUUCCUGCCCACCGAGCCCGAAGAGAAACUGAGCUUCCAAGCACAGCUGUCAGAGACCGAAGUGGUGGAGACGGAGACAGCGGCUUCACCGGAGGAUGAGGAGGAAGCAGAUGACUUUGAGCUGCUGGAUCAGGGGGAGCUGGAGCAAAUGGAUGUAGAGCUGGGGCUUGGGGAGGAGCAGGAGAGGAAGAGGCAGUGAUGACAGCAGCAUCAAUGUCUUAGGUCUUCUUCGUGCCCCCCCCCCCCCCCCCCUUUUCCUCCAUCGUCACUGGAAAGAAGGAAGAACUCACAGGGUGAACGUGCAGUGGGUUUUUAGAUGUUUGUGUUGACUGGGAUGGAAACGCGUCAGUGUUAAUGUGCUGUGUCCGGAAUAACGAAUCCUUUCCAUCCUUCUAGAGCCCGGCCUCCGCUGGCUGAGCAGGAGACGCCCCUGCCCUGCGGCUGGGGAGGAGCCGGCUCCUAGAAGCCUUACGCCACAAUCGAAACACC